UGCACAAAACAGUUAACUACAAACCAGACAAAUAAAGGAGGAAAAAAAUAAAUGGAAUAGGAUUCCAUUACCCAAAAAACAAAAAAAAACGGCAACAGAAAAAUAGAAAUGAAUGAUCAAGUCUAAAGAACAAAAAAAAAAAAUGAAUCGAUGUUUAUUAAUUAUAAAAUAAAUAUUACAAAAUUAAAAACAAAAACAUCUGUUCCAUCAAAACAUAAACGACGCGUACAGACACAAUCUCACAAAACUUCUUCAAUACCACAAUCGAUGUACGUUGUUUCGUAAACAAUCUUAUCGCUUUACACCUUUGGAAAAAACUGCAUUUUAAGUGAUACCCUGGAAAUAAUCUUACACAUCAACCUUCCCGUGUGCGGGAAUGGGAAACAUUUAUCAUUUUCGAACACGUUCCCACUGAUGGUAUGCCCUUAUACGCGGAUUAUUGGAACGAUGUUUAUUGGAAAGUAACGCAACCGAACUAUAAAACAAAUCACACGCGCACACGAUCGCAAUGAUCGGAGCAUCGCGUAAGGACCGUGAACCGUAUGCGGUUGGAAUUUUACAACUGUAGAGAAAUUGUUUGUUGAUGUUAAAAAGUGUAAAGCGGUAUAAAGGUUUCCGGUAACGUAAACACUCAGAGACGAUACGAUGCAAAGGGCCGCAAUCGGUCGGUCGGUGUCGGUGGUGGUACAUUGGUAUUUAAUUAGAGUUUCAUUGUCCACCCCAAACACAGAACGGGGAGGUGAAAAGAGUGUUCAUAAAAAAAUAAGGGAGCACAUUACUUCAGUUCCUGUUAGUUCGCACUUCGCUGUAAUUAUGUCGGUGAAGGACGAAACAUAAAAAUUAAAUCCCCUUCAACGCAAUCCAGUGUUUUGGGGCGGGUUGAAUCGCACUGGCGGAUGGAAAAUGAUUCACCCAAGCGUUGGUUUUGCUCAUCGUCCCAGGGCAUGGGGUGUGGUAAAUGGGGAUAGAUUAGCGACGAUCCGAAGGGAUAGGGAAUGUGGGAGGGGAAGAGAGAGAGAGAGAGAAAAAAAAAGAAACGAUAAGAAUUCCGCGGGAAUUGAAAUACAUCGCGCAGCUGGACGAUCUGCGUUCCGCAUGCCAUUUUUUAUGCACACACUGUUGUGAAGUGUGUGCGUUUGCGAUAUUGUUCAAAAAAUAGCAUCAUCGUUGGACACAACGGACACAUCGGUCUACGAACGACGGCGGUCGGAAUCAGUACGCGUUCGACCGUGGCCGCGCGAGCUGUUCCUUCUGCAGCAUUGUCAAACCGUUGACAGGAGAAAACACGUGUAGAGUGUGAAGAUCGCGGGUGUAGGUGUAUGCCGUUUUGCACGCUGAUGAUGAUUGAUAAGUGGUGUGAUUAAAAGUAAACGUAUUAAUUGUGUAACAGAUCAUCUUGCUUCUUAAAUUCCAAGCUUACUUUUUUGUUGGUUUAUUCGUUUGAUGACUUAAUUGAAUAAAGUUUACGAUUUACUAAGCAAAAGAGGGUUGCGUUUAGUGACGAAUAGCUUGCGUAGAUCACUCCACAAUGGGUAGUGAUAUGAGCUUGAAAGUGACGCAACGUGUGUCUUAUCGGCGUGCGAUAAGACAACGUCCGGUAACUCGGUAUUGGUUGCAAACGGUCGGUGUUGGUGUUGUGUUACUUUGCAUCGGGACACUAUUCGGCAUCGGUGACGUUGAUGCGGCGAACCUUUGUCCACUGUCCGAAUCGGUUGACAUUAGUAACGGAACACAGGAUGCGGAUGGAACUAUCGAACAUGACGGUAUCCGGUACAGCCCGAAGCAGUACUUUCAGGAGGAUAGUUCCAUAGUGCGUGGUUGCGUGUGUCUUAUACGCCAGUGUCUUCAUAUCUGCUGUCCGGAUGGUAUACCCGAAGGAGAACCGUGUCCAUCCGGUGACUUAAACGUGAACUUUACCAUGUCUCUUGAUGGGUCGGUUCAUGAUACGCGUAAUUUGCGCGAUAAUGCAAACUACCAUUUUCUUUACUUCAAACCCCAAUGUUCCGGAUCUUUACUGACGCUGUAUGGGGAUGAGUACAUUCUGCGCUCGGAUAGUGUACUUGCGUACGGGCAAACCAUGUAUGACCCUCGGCACUACUGUUUGCAGUCGGCAGACCCGCUCGCAUAUGCCGGUUACUGUGAAACGGUGGAUGCAUACGCAAUGCACCGAAUGUACUCCAUCGGCAUCCUCAUAUCGUUGCCAUUCCUGGUGGCAACCUUCGUCGUGUACGCGCUGCUCCCAGAGAUGCAAAAUAUUCCUGGCAAGUCGCUGAUGUGCUAUGUGGCGGCACUUAGCGUUGGUUACCUGCUGAUGGCACUGAUGCGUUUCAACGUGUUCAGCUAUCAGUCGAACUGGUGCAUCGCAUCUGGGUAUUUGGUGUAUGCGGCACUCCUGACUAGCUUCUUCUGGCUAAAUGUGAUGGCAUUCGAUAUAUUCUGGACGUUCGGCGGCAGCCGUGGUCGGUCGAGCGAGCGGAGAAAGUUUCUCUACUACAGUCUGUAUGCUUGGGGUGUGCCAUUGUUGAUCGUGGGGUUCGUGGCAUUAGUUGACAAUACGGAGUUUGUGCACGAAUCCAUGAGGCCCCAGAUCGGUAUGGAGCGUUGCUUCGUCAGUGUGGAAAAGCUGAUUGGGUUCCUGUAUAUGUAUCUACCAAUGCUGCUGCUCGUCACGGCAAAUGUGGUGUUCUUUGCUGUGACGGCUAUACGCAUCUACCGUAUGGAGCAAGCGACGGCUUCCGCUUUGUCCGGAGAUUCUCGACGCCACACAAAAUACGAAAAGGACCGCUACAGGUUCAGUUUGUAUUUACGACUGUUCAUCAUAAUGGGUGUGACCUGGACGAUGGAGAUCAUCACCUUUUUGGUCGGUGAAUCGACCUGGCUGAUCUAUCUGGUCGAUAUCUGCAACUGUUUCACGGGCAUUUUCAUAUUCCUGCUGUUCGUGUGGAAACAGAAGGUGAAGCAGCUGCUUCUGAAACGAUUCGGCUUUAACCAGGCCGUCCCGGGACGGAAUGACCACAACACCAACAGUACCAUCAGCACAACGCGCACGACGGAUGUGAAGUCAACGGUAAACGCUGAGACCCGCCUGACGGAUGUGACUCAUGGGAAUUGAUAUGUGUUUACCUUAUGGACGAGCGACAAGGAGACGCUAAAUGGCUAACAUUGCCGUCCGUAUGCACGCAAAAAAGGGUAACUUAUUGCCGUCUUCAAUUGGUUGGCCAUUGUCAUGUAAGGAUGAUCGCCCAUUUGUCGAGCGAGCGUGACCAUGACCGCAUCGACGUCUUUCGGAAAACGUGAAAGACAAAUGGUUCGCGAAAUCGAUGUUUUAUUUUGUAGGCAAACUUCCUGCUCUUUGUGGGAGGUCCACAGCUACAGGUAAAUGGUGCAAGGUUUAACUGUUGUGUAAACAACUUAACGCAGGAAUGUUACAACAGCAAAAUCUAUCAUCGUAUUCAAAUGAUAAUAUUGAAGUAUUUUUUUUAUUCACACAUAGAGGAGUCAACGAGAUCAACGCCCAGUAACAUAUUUAAAAUUCAAUGUGCCGUGCAUUAUUAUACAAUGUUUAAUAGUAUUACAUUAUUAAAUCCCCACGUAAAAGAGGACUUUCGUGAAUACUCAAAAAAAACUCUGCAACAAAAACGAUUAAAAUGCUACAGUAAUUUCAAAGCGCGAAAUAUUUCGUGCUGCGUGAAAUAUUUCGCCAAAAUUUAAUUCGAGCUCCAUAGCUCGAAUCGAUUUCCAUCGAUAUCUUUCAUUUGAAAUUGAAAUCUGUCCGUUGUUCAAAUUGUUCGUUCACGUGUUCGUUUGCGAAGUGCGAAAAAUGAAUCGAUAUUUUUAAGUUAUUUAAAUGUAUUACAGAAGUUUAAUUACUUUUUUAGUUUAAGUUACUACAACAUAUGUAUUUCACGAGAUGUAUUGACAGUUCAGUGUAAGAACAUUAUAGCUUUACAUAUUUCAAGUGUAUUCAGUGUUGUAAGAUAUUAAUGAUACCAGUGUUACAUUCGCAGUACUACUGUUCAACCGUGCAUUUAUAUCUACCUCACUGUUUGAAUUAAACUAUUCCAGUUCUACGCUUAUAAAUAACACAAAUAAUCGGAAUUAUGACUCAAGGAAUGCAUGCUUAAAGUGAUUCAUAAAUUUCCAUGUUUCACCCGUUGGUCAGAACAGCCCGGCGAAGAUAACAAACAUCUGUUGUUGGUGCUGAUGGCGUGUUGUAUAUUUUUCUUUAUUCCAAACCAAAACCGGUUCUAUUUCAAUGCCACGCUUUUUACUGUGAAAUAGUGUGAUUAGUUUGCUAUCAUAAUUUAUGUUACAAAACGUAAUGAGUUUGCAGAUGAAAUUGUGGAAAAGUAUUUGAUACGUUACAGUAUUUGAUACGUUUGAUACAGUACAGUAAGCUUCAAUAAAUGAUUCAUUAAACGUUGUUCAAUGUAAAGGAAGUAGUCGAAUACGAUCGAAUGUUAAGAACAA